AUGACGGAUUUCACCAAUGGGAGCCAGAGCAGCGCGCGUCGGAGUGACUACGUGUGGCAGUACGAGUACUACGACGACGAGGAGCCCGUGUCGUUCGAGGGGCUGAAGGCGCACAGAUACUCCAUUGUGAUCGGCUUCUGGGUGGGUCUGGCGGUCUUCGUCAUCUUCAUGUUCUUCGUCCUGACUCUGCUCACCAAGACGGGAGCUCCACACCAAGAUAACCCCGACCCGGACAACUGCCCUCGGCCGGUGAACAGCGCGCUGGACGGAGUCACGGCCGAAGACGACUCGGAAAAGGCCUUCUCCCGACCUCUACUCACCGAACCCCGCUCCUACUUCCACUUCUACAUCACCGAGGAGCACCAGCAGGGCAAACCCAAGCCCGAGGAGCACCCCAACAACCACGCUCCGCCUCAGGCUCCCGCGGACUGCACGGCCAACGGCGUCCACCACCACCACCACCACCACCGCGACGGCCACGAGCUGAGCCUGGUGCUGGACGAGCGCUCCAAAAUGGACACGGCGGAGUGCAGCUUCGCGUCUCACUUCACCAUCCCGAACUUUGUGAAUCUGGAGCAGGCGUCGGCGCUGGGGGAGGACGAGCUGGCGUACGAGCCGUCGGCGACUCUGGAGAAGCAGGCGUCCGCGCAGGAGCUCCACUGUGACGCGCGUUAACUGAAAAACUGUAGAUAUAAACGGACGGAACUGAUCGACUCUGGCUCCAGAUCACCUUCUGUUGAAAAACCGUGGUCCCUCUCUCUGUAACUGCUGCUGUCGGGCUCGUCAUAUUGGUCUUAAAAUGUUCGUACCGAUGCACUCGAGUUAGUUAUUUCAAACCUGCACAUACAGUUCACAAAACAACGUAAGACCGUCACAGACACAAAAAUGAAGGUUUCAAAAGGGGAUGGAUGAAGGAAAGUGCAGACAUUUCCAAUCCCCUCCCACAUUUCAUGACAAAACAAAAAAACAUUCACACUGUGCUCAGAGUGUCACUCUUGUCUCUCCUCCAGGUAUUGUUUCUUUUAUUUUUAUUAAUGUAUUAUUAUUUAUUCACUUAAUUUGAGAUGUUCGAUGUCCAUUUAGUCAUAUACACAUAAGUACUUACAUACGAGCACA